UCUCGAUAAAAUCGAUGAGAAAAUCUGAAAUAAUACCUGUAGUGAAUAUAUAAAUGCUUUUUUAGUCUCUUCCCUGGUGUUUUCCUUGGUUCUAUUGUAAAACAGUAUUCCUCACAGCUUUCCAAAAUCCUCACCUCCUCCUUAGCUAUUUUUUUUAACUUUUCAACUAUUGCUUGGUUUUUAAUCACAAGGAAAUAAUAGACCUAUUUUGGGCAAAGAUAAAGAUAUAAUAGUAUAUAUAUAUAUUAUCUUUAAAAGUUUCUCAGGUUUAUCAACAGUUGAAAUACAGCAGGAUAUAGUUCAAAGGCUUAUUUUCUAUCAAUUUGGUUUUAUAAAUUGUUAAAAUUGCUUAUUUUUUAUUACAUUUAGAAAUUAAGCAAUUUUUUUGUCUGUUUCAUUAGUUCUUUUCUUUUUUUAUAUAUACACAUAAAGAAAAUAAGAGCAAAAUGGCUUCAAUUUUAUCAAAACGUUUUGUUAAAACAGGAAUUUUAACAGCUUCACUUGUUAGUUCUGGUUAUUUGGUUAAUUCUUUAAUUAAUGACAAUAAAAUAUUAAAUGACGAGAUCCAUAAACCUUCAACUUUAGAUUCUUUAACCACAUCAAGACCUCCUCCAUUAUCAAGAUCAGAUCUAUUGAGCAAGUUGAGCUCGACUCCGUAUUAUGAUUUAAUAGUUAUAGGUGGUGGUGCAACAGGCACCGGUACUGCACUAGAUGCUCAAACUAGAGGUCUUAAUGUUGCAUUAUUCGAGAAAAAUGAUUUUGCUAGUGGUACUUCAUCGAAAUCAACAAAAAUGGCUCAUGGUGGUGUGAGAUACUUGGAAAAGGCAUUUUGGCAAUUAUCCAAGGACCAAUUGGAUUUGGUUAUCGAAGCAUUGAAUGAAAGAUCGAAUAUUUUAAGGACUGCCCCACAUUUAGCUACAAUUUUACCCAUCAUGAUUCCAGUUUACAAUUAUUGGCAAAUUCCAUAUUUUUAUAUUGGAACUAAAAUGUACGAUUUCUUUGCAGGAUCACAAAAUUUGAAAAGCAGUUAUCUUUUAUCAUCAAAUGCUGCGCAAGAAGUUGCACCAAUGCUAGAUGGCUCGAUUUUAAAAGCUGGUUUAGUUUACCAUGAUGGGCUAUUCAACGAUUCCAGAAUGAAUUCGACUUUAGCUUUAACUGCUAUUGAAAAGGGUGCUACUGUUUUGAAUUAUAUGGAGGUUAAACAAUUGAUUAAAAACGAAGAAAAUAAGGUCAUUGGAGUGAAAGUUGUAGAUGCUGAGACCGGUAAGGAAUAUAAUAUCAAUUCAACUGCAAUUGUCAAUGCAACAGGUCCAUUUAGUGAUAAGAUCUUGGAAAUGGAUAACGAUAUCAAUGGACUACCACCAUUAAUUAAACAAUUGCCCAAAAUGGUUGUUCCAUCAUCUGGAGUUCAUUUAAUUUUGCCUGAAUUUUAUUGUCCUAAAAAAAUGGGAUUACUAGAUGCUUCAACAUCAGAUGGUAGAGUGAUGUUUUUCUUACCUUGGCAAGGAAAAGUAUUAGCAGGAACAACAGAUACACCUAUAAAAGAGAUUCCAGAUGACCCAAUACCAAAAGAAGAAGAGAUUCAAGAUAUUUUAAAUGAGUUGCAACAUUACAUCAAUUUCCCAGUGAAAAGAGAAGACGUUUUAUCGGCUUGGAGUGGAGUUCGACCACUAGUUCGUGAUCCAUCAAAGAUUAAAAAGGGAGAAGAGAAUUCUACUCAAGGUAUAGUUCGAAAUCAUUUAAUUUACAAGUCUGAGACAGGAUUGAUUACAAUUUCUGGAGGAAAAUGGACAACAUAUCGUGAAAUGGCCGAAGUAACAGUUGAUAAUGUUGUUAAGAAUUUUAAAUUUAAUAAUAUAGGAUUGAUUAAAGAAUGCCAAACCAAGAAAAUUGUGUUGUCAGGAGGAGAAAAUUUCGAUAGUAAACUACCAGUUAAAUUGAUUCACAAAUAUUCGAUUCCAAAUGAUAUUGCAGAGCAUUUAUCUACAAACUAUGGAUCACGAGCGCCAAUAAUUUUGGAGAUUUAUAAAGAGAAUAAAGAAAAUCAGUUGCCGAUUACAUUAGUGGGUAAAGAUAUUAAUAAAGAGGCCUCAUAUGAAAAAUUUGAUUUACCAUUUACAGUCGCCGAGUUGAAAUAUUCAAUUAAAUAUGAAUAUGCAAGGACGCCAAUUGAUUUCCUAGCCAGAAGAACUAGAUUAGCAUUUUUAAAUGCAAAGGAAUCAUUAAAUGCGAUCGAUGGCACGAUCGAAAUAAUGGGGAAAGAAUUGAAAUGGAACAAGCAAACCAAAGAAGAAAUGAGAAUUAAAUCGAUAGAGUUUUUGAAAAGUAUGGGGAUUUCAGAACCAACCGCCUAAAUUAAAGGUACGAUAAAUAUAUAUUUGUUUAUUUAUUUAUGAAUUUUCAUUUUCACUUUUCUUAUUUAUUGGAUCGAUCAUUUUAUUAAUGAAAUGAAACUGAGUUAAGGCCUUUGGUUGAUUUGUAGAAAUUGAGUAGUAGUAUAGUAGGUUUGGAUGGGAGGCAAACGAGGAAUAAGUGUCUCUUUUGAUGUUUGAUAUCCACUCAUCUUGAGU